AUGGAGACCUGGAGGCAUUACUAUAAUAUCGUCUACAAAAUAUCAUCGCUCACCGGUACGUGGCCGUAUCUGAAACCGAGAGCAAGAAUAUUUCGCGUUGUUGUUAUAACUAUAACCAUGGUGACUGUACUCGUUCCGCAGUUUGCUUAUCAAUUUACGUGCAAGACAAAUGUGCAAUGUAUUUGCGAAGCGAUGACAUCGUAUUUACUGACAUUUACUUCUUUGCUAAAAGUGUACACGUGUCAACUAAACACUCGCACGAUCAAAAACCUUACUCAACACUUAUUCAUCGACUGGAAGGGAUUGAAAACUUCCGAAGAAUACGAGAUUAUGAAAUUAUAUGCAGAGAACAGUAGACGAUUUUGUGUGAUGUAUACGGGUGAGAAGCGACGAGAGAAAUGCUCUAUACUGUUUUAUUUCCAAAUAUAUUGCAUGUUAGCAGUAACUACGUUUAUGUCAUUGUCUCUUGUGCCAUUCGCACUCGACGCGGUAUGGCCCCUUAAUGAAUCUCGUCCCAUAAUACCCCCGUAUCCAGGAUACUAUUUUGUGGAACUUCGGGAAUAUUUCUAUAAAAUUUUCUGGCACUCCAUCAUUGCUUGGGAAAUCACUAUAGUCGGAAUAGUCGCUCACGAUUGUAUGUUUGUGACUUUCGUUGAGCAUGUUUGCAGCAUGUUUGCUUUGGUCGGGUAA